UAUCCCCAGAGAGCUCACACACACACUCACACUACUGACUACUGACCAAGCAUGGAGAGCCUGCAGCACACUUCCAGCUAACGUCUAUUAGAGCAGAGAGUUGAUCGGCUGGACCAGUAUGCUGGGCGGGGACCCUGUGGAGGAGUGACAGGCAGCAGUUCUCAGGCUGGACGUUACGGAACCCAGUGGGUCCCAUCACUGCCAUGGAGUUUGGGAGGUUUCUUUUCAAGUCCCAAAGAACUUUGCUGCUCAGCAUGAUAAUGUUCAAACUGGGUAUACUGUGCACAGCAGCAGACCAGUGUCUGUCAUCCCCGUGUCAGAAUGGAGGUACGUGUUUGGACUAUAUGGGUAACUACACGUGUCUCUGCCCCAGCUGGCCAGUCCACUACACGGGGAAGGAGUGUAAGGAGCUGUACGACCCCUGUGUCUACGAUGCCCCUUGCACCAACUGUACCAGCACACUGGGCACAGGGGUCUACACCUGCCACUGCCUUGUCGGCUUCGCAGGGACCAACUGCACACUCAACAUCAGCAGGUGUUUGAGCAACCCAUGUAAAGGGGAUGUCAGGUCUCACUGUGUGGACAGGGUGGACGGCUACACCUGCCACUGUCCCCCUGGCUAUGGAGGAGAAGAGUGCCAGGAGAGGAUCAGGGACUGCUCUGAGGAGCCGUGCCAUAACGAUGCCACCUGUGUUGGCACACCGGAUGGGUACGUGUGCCAGUGUGGCCCGGGUUUCCAGGGGAGGGACUGUGAGGAGAACAUAGAUGACUGUAAGUCACUCCCCUGUCAGAACGGAGCCAUCUGUAAAGACGGCGUCAACGGAUACCAGUGCUUCUGUGUGCCUGGUUUCCAAGGCUACCACUGCGACCUGGACAUUAACGAGUGUGCGUCACAGCCGUGUUUGAACAACGGGACCUGUGCCAAUGAGGUGGACCACUAUGAGUGCAACUGUCUUCUUGGAUUCAAAGGGGUGAACUGUGAAGUGGAGAUAGAUGACUGUGAAGAGCAGCCCUGCCAGAAUGGAGCCAGCUGCCAUGACCAUGUGGGUCUGUACAUAUGUGAGUGUGUGUCCGGGUACGAGGGCCAUGAAUGUGAGCUGGACAUUGAUGAGUGUGCCAGCGGACCCUGUCUCAACGAGGGCAACUGCACAGACCUGGUGAACAGCUAUGAGUGUCACUGCACUGGGACAGGCUUUACAGGAGAGCAAUGUGAAGUGGACAUCCCAGAGUGUGCUUCUGACCCCUGCCAGAAUGGAGCUACCUGCGUAGAGGGAAUCAACCAAUAUGGCUGUGUCUGCUGGCCAGGUUAUGAAGGGAAGAACUGCCAGGUGGAUAUAGACGAGUGUGAGCUGGAGCCCUGUGAGAACGGAGGAGAGUGUUUCCAGCGCUCAGAGUUGCCGUACUAUGGGGUGCUGUCUGGACUGGAAGACAGGGAGUUCAACUAUGAGGAUGCAGCUGGGUUCCUCUGCCACUGUCAACCUGGGUUUGCUGGAGAGAGCUGUGAAGUGAAUGUGGACGAGUGUGAGUCCGCCCCGUGUCAGAACGGAGGGAGCUGUGAGGACCUGGUCAACUCAUAUUGGUGUGUCUGUCUACCUGGGUUUACAGGUGUGCACUGCGAGGUAGACAUCGACGAGUGUGAGAGCGAGCCUUGUCAGAACGGAGGGUCCUGCCACGACGACGCCAACGCCUACACCUGCCACUGUGUGAAGGCGGAGCCAGGGGAGGAGCCGUGGGGCGGCCAUAACUGUGACGUCCGUCUGAUUGGCUGCAGGGAACACCUGUGUGAGAACGGAGCCCCGUGUGUGCCUAUCCUAAGCCAAGAAGAGGAUGGUAAUGAGGACAGUGAUGGGGAUGGGGAUGAACAAGAGCAUGGCCACACCUGCCUUUGUCCCCCGGGCUUCACUGGGAAGCACUGCGGCAUCCCCACCACCUUCUCCUUCAACACAGAGGGCUAUAUCCUCAUUCAGCUCCCUCCUACAGCUAACAGGAGUAGGACAGAAGUAGAACCCCAUCACCACCAUGUCCAGCUGCGCUUCAGGACCACUCUGCCUGACAUGCUUCUGUUCUACGGAGGGGCUGAGCACUACUUUGUGUCCCUGGAGAUCGUGGGGAGCCUCCUCAAGGCUAGCGCUGGAUCAGGGAAGGAGCUACAGGCCACCUACCAUCUCCCAGUCAACGACGGAGACUGGCAUGAGGCCAAAGUGACCAUGGAUGAGAAGCUGGUACUGAUGGUCAAAGGACCAGUCUGUGACAAUGACGAGGGAUGCACAGUGGAGAACGAAGGACACAACCAACUGGUCUUCUUCCAACAUGGAUCAUUCCCAGAAGUCUAUGUGGGUGGGGCCCCCCAGAAGUAUCUGGACAACACAAAGAGUAGGAAGGGUUUCAUUGGCUGCAUGGAGGAUCUACAGGUUGACCACCAGCGUGUUCUGCCACAGGAUUUCUCUCUAGAGCACGUCCAAGACAUGGAGCUGGGCUGCAACAAGACUGACUGGUGUCAUCCUGACCCCUGCCAUCAUCGUGGGCAGUGUAUUGACCUGUGGACUAGCUUCAGCUGUGAGUGUCAUCGACCCUAUCAUGGCUCCCUGUGUGAAGAAGAAUACCCCUCAUGGACAUUCAGUAAUGAAGAAACAGUGAGCUAUGCUGCCUUCAACAUCAACACAACUGAUGGUGAGAACUUCAACAUCUCCUUCUUCCUCCGCUCUCUGAAUCCCAGCGGCCUGCUCCUCCAGCUGCGGAGAGGGAGGAGGGCCUACCUCAUCCUGUACCUGCGGGAGGGAACCCUGGUCUUCAACAGCCCCCCCACCACUCUGUUCUCUAACAAUACCUACUUCACCAGCGGACAGAGGGAGCUGGUUACUGUGACGAUACGCCAGGGUCAGGUAGGGUUCAGACAGGCUGGUACACAGCUCUCCCUGGGGAGGGUGAGGAUGGAACGGGGGGAUGUGGUGUACAUCGGGGGUCUGCCACCGGGGGAGUCCACUGCCCCCUGGGGAGGUCACUUCAAAGGCUGCCUGCAGGACAUCACUCUGGACCACAUGCAGCUGUAUCCCAACCACACAAAGGAGGAGUGCCACACCCACGAAGCGUACCAGUGCUACUUCCCAAACAAAGCUGAGAAUGUGUUGGAUGGCUGUGUCAGUGAUGAGGCAUGCAAGACUGGUCCCUGUCAGAAUGGAGGAACGUGCAUGGUCACCUGGAAUGAAUUUGAGUGCACCUGUCCCAUGAACUUCUCUGGCAGGCGAUGUGAUACACGCGUGUGGUGUGUCAGUGACCCCUGUGUCAUGGGCAGCCAGUGUGUGGAUCUAGUUGACGGUUAUGAGUGUCUCACUAACGCCACCUUUGAGAGCAACGCUCUGCAGUUCACUGCUAACGGCUCGCUAGUCGCCUCGGUGACCAGUGUCUCCGUGGACAUACGUACGCGGAAGGAGAACGGCGUGCUGCUGCGGGCCACUAACGGAGCAGAGGUCUUCUGUCUGGGUCUACUCAACUCCUCCCUGCUAGUCAAACUACUGAGCGGCAACAGUCUGGAGUUGCAGGCAUUCACCAGUGACCUGCCCAUCUCAGAUGGGGCCUGGCACCAUCUCCACCUUGCCAUGGCCGACCCCUUGCAACCUGUGUCCCGCUGGCGCCUCACUGUGGACGGGCGCAGGGUGGGCAGCACCAUGGGCACAGCCGGGAAUCUCAACUUUCUCAACGACACCACUGUGUGGAUGGCAGAGAACUACACAGGCUGUCUGGGGGAGUUGAGGGUGGGAGGAGUCUACCUACCCCUGGUGGACGACCAGGAUUCCCCCCAGGCAGCCCGGUUUAUCAGGCAGGGAGGCCAGGAGCCCAAGAUGGGGUGUGUUGGCGCCGAUGUGUGCCAGUCCCAGCCUUGCCUCAACCAGGGCUUCUGCCAGGACCUCUGGAACCUGUUAAACUGCAGCUGUGCCCCAGGCUGGGAAGGACAGUUCUGCCAGAGGGACACAGAUGAGUGUGCCUCAGGCCUCUGUGCCCAUGGCACCUGCACAGACCUGCUGGCAGACUACCGGUGUGAGUGUCACAAAGGCUGGGGGGGCAGAGACUGUGAUGAGGAGGUGGAUGACUGCCUGGAACACAGCUGUUUGAACGGAGGCUCCUGUCUGGACGGGACGAGCAAGUACCACUGCGUCUGCCUCCCUGGAUACAGCGGCCGCCGCUGUCAGCGGAGAUUCCCUCCACAGCAGUGUGAUGAGGAUACGCAGUGUGACAACAGUGGAGUCUGCAUGGAUGGGAUCUGGGGUGCCAACUGCACCUGCAAGCCUGGAUACACUGGGGACUGCGGGAGCGGGCGUUCCAGACCACACAACUAGGGACAAGAGCUGUGACUUGCUUUGCUCUCUGGAGCAAGGCGCUGUUGAAAGGAAUGAUAACGGGGGUGGCGUUAAGUGUGGAGGAGGAUCAACUGAAAUUGAAGAUUCCCGGUGUCUGUGACUCCUGCCAUUUGGUGCGACACAGAUCUGGUGAAGAGUGUGGUGAAACAGAGAGGAUACUGUCUUUCCUGCAGAGUUUCCUGCUGAGUCUUUCCCGACAAGGUCAAGUUAGGAUGUAUAAUUUAUCCCAUGAGAGAUUUAGUCCCAAACCCAUUACAGUGUUUUAGGUGCCAAGCUUAUGGUCAUGUUGCAGCAGUGUGUAGGAGGGAGAUUCCUAGAUGUGAGAAGUCAGCAGGAGGGCAUGAGACAAAGGAAUGUGUAGUAUCGGUGGAAAGAGUUGUGUGUGUUAACUGUGGGGGUGCCCAUGGUGCUGGAGAUCGGAGGUGUUUGCGAACCGUCAUAAUACGAUAGAAGAAGAAGAAGACAGUGAAACAGACCUGCCCAUUAUGCAGCGCCUCAGACUUGUUUCCAUAAGACAACACAUCGCCAAUGUUAUGUUGAAAUAACCCUUGGCCCUAAGCCUUUUAUGGAGUUUGCUGUAAUAUACAGUGCCAGUCAAAAGUUUGGACACACCUACUCAUUCAAGGGUUUUUCUAUAUUUUUUACUAUUUUCUACAUUUUAGAAUAAUAGUGAAGACAUCAAACUAUAAAAUAACACAUAUGGAAUCAUGUAGUAACCAAAAAAGUGUAAAACAAAUCAAAAUAUAUUUUAUAUUUGAGAUUCUUCGAAGUAGCCACCCUUUGCAUUGAUGACAGCUUUGCACACUCUUGGCAUUCUCUCAACCAGCUUCAUGACAAAUGUGUAACAAUUGCUUAACACUAUGGGCACUAUGUUUAAGCGUAAACUCUAUUGGACCAGUUAGGUUCACUACUGGAGCAGUAGGGAGAAAUGAAAACCACAUAACUGAAUCAUUUAGGAAAAGAAUGCCGGCUUGUAUUUUGUAAAUAAAAAAUACUUACAAAAACUGAAUCACCUUGAGUAAAUAUUAAUAUGUGAAAUUUGUACAAUGAGCUCAAUAUGAAUGAAAUACAUCAAUAGUACAAUAGACUUAGAUUUCGGCCAUAUAUCCUGCCUAUAGUUUACUAGGGUGCACCCAACUCUAUUUUAAUCUGAGGGUCUCUCAGAUUUCAAUGUUCAAAGUUCAAUAGCAAUACAAAAAACAUGAAUCCACAGAAAACACAACCCAAUUCACAAAUACUGACUUAUAAAACACUAAGACAUGGAAUCAAAUGUGAGUGACUGUGCCUAUCAAUAAACACUGUAAGGUGUUUAAGUGUAGCAUGUGCUUAUAAUAACAAUCCCACUGCAAUGAAUGAUGCAAUGAUGUUUUGCAAGAAAUAUCCUACCACACCGUAGUAUGGCAGUGCAAAUUUGGUGUUCUCCAAGGAAAUUAAAUCUUUGGAUGCAAAUCUUCUUAUCAAUGUCCUGGGUUCGGGCUGCUCGCCAUCCUUGGUGGAACUGAAACCAUACUCAAAAAACCUGACCUGUUUUACAAACAGGAUCACACAAUAUAUACACCAUGAGUACUUUCAUAUAACCAUUAUUAUAGUGCUUAGCUUUAAUCUCUUACAGGACUAAGAAAAUAAAACUUAGUCAAAAUGCUUUACACUUUCACUACUGCACUAGGCUCACGUGGACUGAACAAUAGACAAGUCCGGGCAAAUGAAAAGUACUAGUGCUUACACCUACAUGUCAUUUCUUAUAAAGUAAUCUAAAACAUAACAGUGUACCAAAAUGGAUUAUGAUACUAGCUAAUCACAUUUUAUAAAAGUAUGAAAACUAAAAUAGUUGGCCAUGCAUGAUUAGCAUGAUCACUAACGUUUGCUAUUUCAAUUGAUUGAUAACUGAGCUAGCCUAAAUGUUAACGGCUUGUGCGUAUGCUUGGUUCAGUAUGUACACACACAAAAUGCUAGCAAUAGCUUAGCUACACUAAAUGCUAGCAGCUCGUUCUCCACACCAAAACUCACCAAAUCCUGGCGUCAAUCUUUCCCUAAAUCCCUUCACAGCAUGUUUGUAUAGAUAAGUUAAUGUUAACAUCCAGUUCUCUCUUCUUAGUUCAGUUUUAUACAACUUCUCAACAUUUUGAAACAUAGUUUUUCUUAGCUUUUCACGUUCCAUUCUAGCUCUUUUUUAGCAUGUUGGCGCCAACUGGUGUAUAACGUGAAGUUAGGAGAGGGACUAAGAGAUUAUUGAGUUUUGAUUGGCUCAAAAUAAACUGCUCGUCAUGCAGCUUCUGACAGCUGAUUUGUAAUAGCUGUCACAUUAAACAUAUCAAUAGCAAUAUAUGAUUGGUUACUGGAAUCUCACUUGUAACGAUAAGUAUUCAACAUUAGUUGACCUGCGUUACAAAUGCUUUUCCAAAAGUCUUGAAGGAGUUCCCACAUAUGCUGAGCACUUGUUGGCUGCUUUUCCUUCACUCUGCGGUCUAAUUUAUCCCAAACCCUCUCAAUUGGGUUGAGGUCGGGUGAUUGUGGUUGUUUAACACUUUUUUGGUUACUAUAUGAUUCCGUAUGUCUUAUUUCAUAGAUGUCUUCACUAUUACUGCACAAUGUAGAAAAUAGAAAAAAAUAAGAAAAACCCUUGAAUGUGUAGGUGUGUCCAAACUUUUGACUGCUACUGUAUAUAAAUUCAAUCAAAUAGUCUAGUACACACACCAACACUUUUCAAAUGUUCAAAUCAAAAGGCUAUUGUACGGAAAAACGUGGACAGUCGUGUGCAUCGCAAAUUCAGAACCGCUGGACAGCAACAUAAUAAACUAAAACCUUAAUCAUUGGGAAAGAAAUAAGAAUGACUGCUAAGGCUUGAUCCAAAAAUGUAAUAACUAAAUAGGUAGCCUACAAAACUAAAACAAUCUAUAUGUUCAAAUCAAAAGGCCUAAAUAACAUGACAUCAUUAAAGCAGCCACAUCCUGAGUCUGCCGACACAUUCAGAAAUAAAAAGAUGUUUGUGUAUUUAGUUUUAAAGCUCUGACGAAGGCCAAGAGAACGAGAAACACUUUUCAAUGAGAGAGAACAAGUAACACUUUUCAAUGAGAAAACAGAAAUCCACUUUGGGUAAAAGUCAAAACUGGUGAUCAUUUUAAUUAAGGAGAACAAAAACUACUUAGCUACAUUUGAACACCACCACAGAAGCUUCGUUAUUCGGCAUCUUCAUAAUAGUUUUGUUGUUUGGCUACUUGAAGAGAACUAGGGCCUAUCCCUCGCAGCCCACCUCUUUGUAGAAAAGUGUGCAGCGAAUUCUACUAAAUGAAGAGAGGAAAUGAGUAUAACAUCCUGGCCUUUAAACCAUCCGAUUUUUCGAAAAUUCCUAUUCAUAUGUAAACCUUUUUUUUCACAUACUGAGAUUGCAUUGUUUCCCACUAUUGUUGAUUCGGUAGCACAUCCCCAAUAUCUAAUUGAUCAGCUGCCAGAAGGAGAAUGACAUCCUGGCAUUUAAAGUAUACUAGAUUUUUUAAAUGUGGCAUAUUAUUAAACUUACUCAAACGGCCGACAAUUUAGGAUGCAAGUGUGGGUAAUCGGACACAGUUCGAACUUAGCUAGCUAGCAAGUGAUUUGGGGCACUGACAAACAAUGUAAAAUUGUGUGACUAAGACCUCCCACAUCAAACCACACUCCCAAGACAACUCUCAUUUGGCUUCAUUCAUGUCCGCUAGCAUUUCUUAAUGAGCAAUCUUCAAAACGAGGCCAAAAUAGGAAGUGCAGUCACCAUUUAACCUGUGUCCAGUAAACCAGCCCUAUAUGUCUAAGGUAAAAAUGCUGUCUAUGUCAAUGGCUGGACAGUGCAAGGUUCCUGUUGUAAUUACAGCGAGCUGUGGGACUGCUGGUGUGUCAGUGUUGUGUUGAACCCCUGAAGUUCUU